AAGCCUACACGUUAUACUGAACCAGCUACAAACUACCCAACAAGCCUACACGUUAUACUGAACCAGCUACAACCUACCCAACAAGCCUACACGUUAUACUGAACCAGCUACAAACUACCCAACAAGCCUACACGUUACACUGAACCAGCUACAACCUACCCAACAAGCCUACACGUUGCACUGAACCAGCUACAACCUACCCAACAAGCCUACACGUUACACUGAACCAGCUACAACCUACCCAACAAGCCUACACGUUGCACUGAACCAGCUACAACCUACCCAACAAGCCUACACGUUGCACUGAACCAGCUACAACCUACCCAACAAGCCUACACGUUACACUGAACCAGCUACAACCUACCCAACAAGCCUACACGUUGCACUGAACCAGCUACAACCUACCCAACAAGCCUACACGUUACACUGAACCAGCUACAACCUACCCAACAAGCCUACACGUUACACUGAACCAGCUACAACCUGCCCAACAAGCCUACACGUUACACUGAACCGCUACAGUUUGCCUAACACGUUACACACUGACAAAUUACACUACCACAUAGUCUGCUCAACAAGCCCACACGUUACACAUUAACAAGUUACACAACUGCCUACAGCCUGCCCAGCAAACGUACAAGUUACGCUGAACCAGCUACAGGUUGGCCAACAAGCUUACAAGUUAAACUGAGCCAGCUACAGCCUGCCCAUCAAGCCUAUACGUUAAACAUCAAGUUGCACUGAACCAUCUAGAGCCGGUCCAACAAGCCUACAAGUUACACAUCUACAGCCUAUCCAACAAGCUUACAAGCGUCUUCCAAACAGCCGCCCACUGCAUCCUCUCACACCUUGUCAUGAUUUGGCGGGAGUGUGAGGGGAGGUGGUGAUGGCGUCGCUUAGAGUGUCACAGCUGCGUUUGUCUAUGGCGUCUUCUACUGGUGGUAUAUUCUUGGUCUUCCUCCUACUGGGACUGCUGCAGGAGAGAGCCACAGCCUUGCCCUCGGCAAGGAGAACUGUACACAGGCAGCCAGCGCCAGUGUGUCCUCAGGAAGAUGACAUACUACCAUGUCUGUGUCAUCUACGAGCGACUGAGAUUCACAUCACGUGUGAGAACAGUGAAAUUGAGAUGGUGGUGUCGGCUAUGGAGGCGCUGAUGAAACACGUGCUGAAGGUGGAGGAGCUUCACUUGGUGAGCAACCGUAUCCCUGUCCUUCCAGGCAGAAUCUUCGGUUCCAUACAGAUCAAUAAACUUUUCCUCAUUAACAACGAGAUGGUUGGCAUAACUCGCAAUGCCUUCGCUGGUCUUGAGUCAUCACUCCAACACCUCUACAUCUCAGAGCCUGACCUCUAUGACCUGCCCUUCGACACCCUCGACAAUCUGGCCAACCUGCGGACCUGCGUGCUGGAAAAUACAAAUAUAGUACAGAUCCCUAGACUCUACUCUCUUUCCAAGUUAGAGUUCCUGAAAAUAGAUGGCUCCAAGGUGUCAACUAUUCCUUCAGCUGCCUUCCGGUUCAUGCCCAACAUGAAAAAGGUUCAUAUUGCCAACAGCCAGUUGAAAAAGAUUGAUGCUAAUGCCCUAGAAGGACUAGUGUAUCUGAAGGAGGUCAACUUCUCUAAUAAUGCCAUCGACUGGAUCCACCCUCGAGCUUUUAGGACUCUUAAUACCGUGGAGCAUCUGUCACUAGCGGGCAAUCGGCUCUCUGAUGCCCCCAUGACUGUCCUCGCAGCCAGGGAACUGAGAGAACUGAAGAUAUUUGAUAUCAGCAGAAACCUCAUCACUGGACUCACAAAAGGUACAUUUGUGGAUAUGCCGACAGUGCAAAUGAUAUACCUCAGGGAAAAUUUGAUAUCAAAGAUAGAGCGCGGUGCCUUCUUCAGACUUCCUUCGCUGCGGAGAAUAGACCUCAGUGGAAAUCUUCUGGAUGAAUUUCACGCUGAUAUUUUCACAGAGUCUCUCACUAUGGAACACCUUAAUAUUGCUAGAAACAAUCUGACAUACAUGGCCGAAAUGAGAUACAUUGCACGUGCUCUUCCAAAUCUUAAGAGUCUUGACGUUAGUAAAAAUCAUCUAAAAAUAGAAAAUCCAAGAGUUUUCGAGGGACAUCUCAAAUUAGAAGCCUUAAAAAUCGACCACAAUGAAAUAAAAAGAUUGCAAAAAGGGUUAUUCCAGGACCUACCCAACUUACGGGAGCUCUUCUUGAACAAUAACUUCAUCCAGAGUGGCUUUAGUGAACCAGUGUGGGAUCUGCCGAUGUUGAGAGUUCUGGACUUGUCUCACAAUGACAUAAAGAAGGUAGAUGCCCUUCUGUUGGAGGGGCUGCCUCUGUUAAGCAGUUUAGACCUCAGCUUUAACAUGAUCACAGAUAUAGCAGAAAACACUUUCAGCAGCUCUAACUACAUGAAAAAUCUCAACAUGUCUUUUAAUAGUAUAACAAAUCUUCCCAGUAAUAUCUUCGCAGGGCUUGAAGAGCUUUUUGAACUGGAGUUGAGUUUCAAUGAGCUAAUGGUUCUGGAUGAAGGACUCUUCCUUGGACUCACCUCUCUGGAAUUUCUGCAUCUUACUCAUAAUCAAAUUGUUUCCAUCAACGCUGAAACCUUUAAAGACAAUUCUAAACUACGCUAUUUAGAUCUUUCGGCUAACUUGGUGCAAGAACUACCCUCUGAAGCGCUGGGGAAGCUCUCCUCCCUCAAGGUUCUCAAACUCCACCGUAAUGCCAUUAACCAAGUUCUUGAUGGCUACCUCAAAGACCUGCGCAUGGUCGAACACCUCGAUCUCUCUAAUAAUCACAUUCAGGUACUAAGUCAGACAGCUUUCCGAGACAUGGUUGUCUUGAGGGACCUUGAUCUUAGCGUUAACUAUCUCCAGAGCCUCCACCCUGACAUGUUCUCCACCAUGAAGAUGUUAGAGAAGCUCAACAUCAGCCAUAACUACAUUACAGACCUUGGCCACCAUACUUUUGAAAACGUCAAGCGUCUCAGGAUCCUCGACCUGACCAACAACUCCUUGACGGAGCUUGGGGAAGCAGUAAUGGGCCUUUCCUCUCUACAAGGCCUCUUCCUGAGUGAUAACUAUAUCACUACCCUUAAAAACAAUACUUUCAUUGACCUUCCAAGUCUUGAUAUUCUCAGAUUUGAUAACAAUGGUCUCCAGGCUUUCGAAACAGAAACAUUCCAUAACCUGGAUUCCCUCAUCACGCUCGAUAUGAGGAACAACAAUCUCGUUGAGCUCAGUCCUGAUUCUUUCAAGUCCUUGGCGUCUUUAGAGGAGCUACAGCUAAGCAAGAACCAGAUAGCCAUAAUCAAGGACUUUGCUUUCACAGACCUGACAUCUCUCAGGAGUUUAGAGUUGCAGGACAACGCUAUCACGGAGAUGGGCGCCCUGGCUUUCCAAAACUUACCCGCUAUCAAAUUCCUCAACCUCAGCCGCAAUGGUUUCCAGGAUAUUCCAGAAGACGCUCUGAAGAGGCUACCCACUCUUGAUGUCCUCGAUCUUAGCUGGAAUUACAUCCUGGAAAUCAAAGAUUCCAGUUUCGAUGAACUAGAGUGGCUAACAGUUUUAAUGCUCCACGACAAUGACUUGUGCCGCCUCUCUGGAGGGUCGUUCUCCAGCCAGAGAGCCCUGCGAGUGCUCACCCUCCAGAACAACCAGCUGCGUCGCCUGCACCUGCGUGCCCUGGGCACCACCAUCAUGGGGCUCUCUCUCCUCGACAUGAGUGGGCAGGUCUCGGGCCCCGACCAGGGUUUGAGAGCGGUUAUCAUUGACAAGAUCCGGGCACAGACCGCGUCGUCAUCAAGCAUACACACAGUGACGGGAGACACGCCCACUAUAUACGCUGGGUCGUCAGGGAUCAGCGCCCUGAUCAACGACCACAAACAUGAGACCAGCACAGAAAGCGGCCUCUUUGGAGUCCUCAAGCUGCCCACCCUUCCUAACAUCCUGGAGACCCUCAGCGGCUUAAAUAUGCCCCACGUUGGCUUCGACGUCAAGUGGGGAAAUCUGCCUUUCAUUGGCAUCGGCCGUCAAAAUUCAGGCUCCGCGUCUAAGUCGGAAUCAGUCAGUGAUGAUAAGCCUAUGAAGGGUCCUGACAGCAGCCAACCGAUAUGGAUUGAUGGCCCCACCAGCACACACCCUCUAUUUUCCCCUCACCCACCCCCAGUGAGAGAGCCCAUGGACCUGAAGCCUCCCCCGCCACCAUCCAUCGGUGUCCCCAGGAAUCCAAGUGUCGGGGUGGCGCCCCAGUUCAGUCAAGGGAACCAGGCUACGGGAGAGACUCUCCCGAUCCCUCACUUGCCCGUCAGAGAUCCCGUGGUCCCUUUUGUAUUCCCUGUUAAUAAGGAAGAGCGGUUUCGUCCGGGAGUGCCUGGCGUGGUGGUUCCUGUGCCCCGCCCAACUAACGUGUGGGGUAUCAGGCCGCGCCCUGGGUCAGUACAGGAUCCCCGGAUUCCCCAAGCAAAGCCAAUGCUGCCCUCGUUCAUGCACCCAGGGCCAGGACCCAAUUCCGGCACCCCCUUCCUGCCCGGCCUUUCCAUCAACCAGCAACACCACCAGAUACCUCAGCAACCCAACAUUGUCAGCCGGCUGCCUUCAGCUGCCACACAUUUUACACCUACAGCGCCUCCACCUUCAAAUUUUCUGGCGCAGGUAGCAGGAGAUACGAGAGCAACAGUAUCACGCUGGUCGCCCCCAGCGGUCAUCCAUCCUGACUCUGGUGUGUCCCCUUACCAGCCUGGCGAACCCUUCCUUCCAUACCAGCCACACAACCCUAACCAUCCCAUCACCAUCGUAGAAGCUCCACAAAUGUCAGGUGGCCAUCGCGCAAGUUCUUUCACUCCUCGCCAGACCACAAACGCACCAGCCCGCUCCACGCCCACACCCACCACACCAGCAGUUAGGUCACCUUCAGAAAAAAGUCAGGUUACAGCUGGUAGCGACCGUUUCUCCGAGUUGCUAACAACAAGCACACCCGCUCGCACCACACCCAUCGUUGCUUCUACACCUGCCUACAACAGUUCCAUCGCUACUACCGCACCCGCCCACACCACGUCCAUCGUUACUGCAGCACCCGCCCACGUGACACCUAUCGUUACGGCCACACCAGGAGACAUGACUCCUUCAGAGAGUCAGGUGAUGGCUGGCAGCGAUCUUGUGCCCGGGUCAUUGAAGGGCACAACUUCUGAAAAGCCUUCACUUCCUGGGCAGACUGAGACAACCUCACACUCUCUCACUCUCUCGUCAUCCUCCUCAGUCUCGGGAAUCGUCCAAUCCUCGGUCCUCAAUACACAAAAAAAUAACUCAAGACUACACCAGGAAUCUGAGCACGUUGACGAUUAUUCCAGUGAUCGUUCUGUGCCCUUGAAUUCUUAUUUACCAUCACGUCCUCCUAUACCAGGCAUAACGUCGAAAUAUGUACCAACAACGCCUUCAUCGGUGCAGACGACUUCAACCUUGCAGCUACUGCCGUUGCCAAGGCCGCCCACUACUACGUUAUCAGAAGAGCACUCUAUCACGCCCAUAAACCCACCAUUUCCCAGAGACCCACAAACUCCCAGAGAACCACAACCUCCCAGAGAGCCACAAUCUCCCAAGCACCCAUCAUCUCCCAGAGAUUCACAACCUCCCAGAGACUCACAACCUCCCAGAGACUCACAGCCUCCCAGAGACUCACAUCCCAAAAACCCACAACAAUCGCAGAAAGACUCUGACCAACCCAGCCACUCCAUGAGUGAUUUACUGAGCUUGUUGUAUGCAGCCGAGGAGGAGGUCCAGCGAGAGCAACAACAACACAGCACUAAAGAUGAAAAUGAAAAUAUCUCCCCGGCACAUGACAAUACACCACUGGCUGUCACUCUCUCAUCACCUGUGAUCUCGUCCACGUCCACUGCUGAAGAACCUUCACUUUCCACUACCACUCUUAAUGACAUUUUCACCACUUCCACUACCACUAAUCAGCCUGCCACCCUGUCCAUCACCGUCACUACCACUACUCACAGUGAGUCAAACAGACAUAACCUGUCCACCGAUAUCUUCUCGCCACAAUUAGGGGAAGGGGUGACUGUACUAAAAAAUCUUCCACCAGACGCACUCGAAAAGAAGACCUCAUUUCUCGGUGACUCUUCAGGUAGUUUGCCGUCGAUUAGCAGUGAAUCUGUGAACGAGCAGAGACUUCCAGACACACAGACACAUCCUAGACACCGACCUCCAGUCACUCAGACACACCCUAGACACCGACCCCCAGUUACUCAGACACCCCCCGGACAUACGCACAAGGAAGAAUCGUCCCUCUCAGUGCAUCAAAUUGGGAAGCCACCGCUCGCUGCCCCGUCACUCACACCAACACACUCAAGGUCGAGGCCAGGUGUGGUGCUGCCAGUGGACAAGACAGGUGAGCCUCUAGCAGGCUCAGUGCCCCGGGUACCUCCCAAUAACACCUAUAUCAGUCCUAGCAAGAGCAUGGGGAGGGGCGGGUUCCCCACCAUCGAGCGUGUAUACCAGCCAGGGCAGGUGGAGCCUAAUACACACACAGUCACGGUACAAGGAGUGGACAGUCCCAACGACACUCAGGAUAUUAACAUUACUCAACAGACGACCACGCAGGAGUCAGAUUUCGAUACGAAAGAUGUGAACGCCAUAGACUGGUACUAUAACAACUACUAUCGGGAGUACGCUUCCCUGCCAGUAGGUGGCAACAAGCCCGUCAGCGGUGCUAGCACGCUGACACUGGCGCCGAUCCUCACCUGCCUCAUUGGUGUUAUACACAACCUUGUCCACUUGUAGCCAUUCACUCCCUUACUUUCCGCCUCACAUAAAUAUUAUAAAUACAACUUAUAGUGUUACACAAAGAUUAUAGCAUGAGUAUACGACUCGAUGUGGACUGUAGUGUUAUUAAAGGAGUAUGUCUACCCAGCAGUGUUAUUCUGCCUCACUCUCCCUCUCAGUUUUUGUUUUAUUCUCAGCUGUUUUCUGCCCCUAGUUCCCUCUGUUAUCUUUUACUAGUUCUCUACCCAGCGGUGUUCCACAUUACCUUAAUGUUUUUGUUCUCUUUCUAGUGAUCUCCGUCUCUCCUUUAUCUCCCCUCAAGGGAGGUUCCUUGAUGCUGGUGAGGGGCUCUUGAUCUAGGGAAUUGACUCUGUGCUCCAGUUCCCUGAAUUGAGCCUGAAUACUUUCCAUCCCCCCCACAUGCGCUGUAUAAUCCUACGGGUUUAGUGCUCCCAUGAUUAUAAUAAUAAUAAUCUCAUUUAUCUGUUAACAUUUAACAAACUCUUUUUCAUGCCAACAAUGACAUAAUUAUUUACUAGAAAAUAUCAAAAUUCUCAUACUGUUGAAAAUAAAUCCU